CCCCAAAAAAUUAUUUGCCGCAGCCAAGCCGUUUCUUCCCCUUCUUCCAUAAACCCCCCAAAUUUUAUUAUUUUAUUUUAUAAAAAUAAAAAUUUCACCAUCACCACCGCAGCAGCAGCCGCCUGACCGGAAUCCCUUAGGUUUCCGACGACUUGAAAAUCUAAAACCACAAUAAAUUUUCAUUUUUAUUCUAUUCUGUUGAGCUUUUUCAACUCUUUAUCAUGACUCAGACCACUGAGGGUGCCUCUGAGAUUGUAGAGGGUGUAAGGUUCAGUUUCAUGACCGAUGAAGAGGUUAGAAAGCAUAGUAUUUUAAAAGUCACAAACCCGAUUUUACUUGAUAGUGUUGGAAGACCAAUGCCCGGAGGAUUGUAUGAUCCUUUGUUAGGUCCGAUGGAUGAGCGUGCACCUUGUAAGUCGUGUGGGCAGAAGUCGUAUGAGUGUCCAGGUCAUUGUGGUCACAUUGAUCUUGUUUCUCCAGUAUACAACCCGUUGCUAUUUGAUAUGCUUUUCAAUCUUUUACGAAGGACAUGCUUCUUUUGUCAUCAUUUCAGAGCAGGCGAAAAGGAGGUCAAUAACUGUACUACUAAAUUAAUGAUGAUAGCACAAGGUGAUGUUGUUGGUGCGAAAGAUUAUGUCCCUAAAUCAGAUAGCGACGAUGAUGAAAAGGAGGAAGGUAGCCAGGUUCCAAGUUCUAAUUUAUUAAUUGGCUCACAAAGUGAUAGGCCUGAAGAAACAAAGCAGAAAGUUUGGACGUCUGUUCAGUAUAUAGAAGCAAGGGCUGUUUUGAAAGAAUUCAUGAGUGACACUGGCAAGACUUGUAGACAUUGUGAUACCAAAAACCCCAAGAUUACCAAGCCCACUUUUGGAUCGUUUCGUAUGGACAUGUCUCAAGCUGAUAUAGAAAAGAACAUUAUAAACGGUUAUCAGUUGGGAAGCAAUCGUGAUGAGGAAGAGCUGCUUGAUGCUGGGGAAGAUGACAAGACUUCAGAGGUCAUAAAUGUAAACGAACAAUCAGAAGAUGAUAGAAUUGAUACUGCGGGGACCAAUUCAUCUUCAUCCAAGUCAUCUAAACGAAAGAAAUUAAAGAAGAAAAAGUCAAAUGUGGCCCAUGAUUAUGAUCAGCUGAAACAAAACUAUACAGGGUCUCUUUUACCAUCUAGGGUCAUAAGUAUAAUCAAGGAUUUAUGGGAAAACGAGGCUGGUCUUUGUUCAUAUAUAUGCGAUAUGCAGCAGGAGCAGUUCCCUGGAUCUUUUAAAAGUACUAGUUAUUCUAUGUUCUUUAUUGAGGCUUUACUUGUACCGCCUACAAAGUUCCGUCCUGCUGCUAAAGCAGGUGAUUCUGUUAUGGAGAAUCCACAAACAGUGUUAUUAGGCAAGGUGGUACAGUCAAACAUAGCAUUGGGAAAUGCUCAUAUUAACAAAUUAGAAGGAUCAAAGAUUGCUGAUCGCUGGAGAGACUUACAACAGUCUGUUAAUGUUCUAUUCGACAGCAAGAGUGCCACAAGUCAAAAUCUGAAAAAUGCAAAUUCUGGGAUAUGCCAAUUGCUUGAGAAGAAAGAGGGAAUCUUUCGUCAGAAAAUGAUGGGAAAGAGAGUUAAUUAUGCAUGUCGAUCGGUCAUUUCACCCGAUCCUUAUCUAGCUGUUAACGAAAUUGGAGUUCCUCCUUAUUUUGCAUUGAGGCUGACCUACCCUGAGAGAGUGACCCCAUGGAAUGUGGGCAAACUGAGGGAUGCGAUAAUUAAUGGUUCUGAUAUCCAUCCUGGAGCGACUCAUUAUGCUGACAAGGUGUCAAUCGUCAGAAUACCUAACAACAAAAAGAUGCGUAUUUCUUUAUCCCGAAAGCUACCCUCUUCAAGAGGUAUGGCCAUACAAUCCAGAAAGAUCUCUGACUAUGAAUUUGAGGGUAAAGUUGUAUAUCGUCACUUGCAAGAUGGAGAUAUUGUUCUUGUGAACCGUCAGCCCACACUUCACAAGCCCAGUAUAAUGGCACAUGUAGUUCGCGUACUGAAAGGGGAGAAAACUCUUCGGAUGCAUUAUGCAAAUUGCAGCUCCUACAAUGCUGAUUUUGAUGGAGAUGAGAUGAAUGUUCAUCUCCCGCAAGAUGAAAUCUCACGUGCUGAAGCUUAUAACAUUGUUAAUGCAAAUAACCAGUAUAUAGUUCCAACAAAGGGUGAUACCGUUAGAGGCUUGAUUCAGGAUCAUAUUGUAAGCUCUGUACUUCUCACCAUGAAGGAUACGUUUUUGAGCCGUGAAGAUUUUAAUCAACUUCUUUAUGCUUCUGGUGUGUUUGCUGGUGGUGCUUCACAACAUAGUAAAGUUUCUGUAGUAGAUAAAGCCUGCUUUGUGGAGCCUGUUCUUCCAGCAGUUUUGAAGCCAAAGCCUUUCUGGACUGGGAAACAGGUCAUCACAGCAAUACUAAAUCAUUUGACUAGAGGAUAUACACCCUGUACUGUUGAUAACAAGGUAAAGAUCCCCGAGCAGUAUUUCGAAGGAAAGGAGGUCAAAGAUGACAGGGAUAAAUUACAUAAACAUCUAAAGAACGAACUUAAAGAAGUUGAUGAAACAAGGUUGUUGAUCUGGAAAAAUGAGUUUGUGUGUGGUGUGAUAGACAAAGCUCAAUUUGGCAAGUAUGGCUUGGUUCAUACGGUUCAAGAGCUAUAUGGACCAGAUGUUGCAGGUCUGCUGCUUGGAGCUUUUAGUCGCUUAUUCACUUCCUUUUUACAGUUCCAUGGAUUUACAUGUGGUUUAGACGACCUCAUGGUGUCACCAGAUUGUGACAAAGAAAUGAAGGUGGAACUUGAAGGUGAAGAUGUAGGUGAAAAGGUUCAUCGAAAGUUUGUCAAUUUGGAGAACCAAAAAACAGGAACAAGAGAGCUGCAAUUGGAAACUGAGAAAAUAAUUAGAAGCAAUGGAGCAACAGCUUCUGCAAGCUUGGAUAACCUUAUGCAGACGGAACUAAGGGAUAAAGGUUCUAUGAUCAGCAAAAAAUGGUUGCCAAAAGGACUCUUAAAACCUUUCCCACAAAACUGCAUUUCUCUUAUGACAAUUAGUGGUGCUAAGGGUAGUUCGGUGAAUUUUCAACAAAUAUCCUUUUUACUCGGCCAACAAGAGUUAGAAGGCAAAAGAGUGCCUCGAAUGGUUUCUGGGAAGACUUUACCUAGCUUUACACCUUGGGAUUUUACUUCUAGAGCUGGUGGUUAUAUUAUUGAUCGGUUUUUAACUGGUCUUCGCCCACAAGAGUACUAUUUUCAUUGCAUGGCUGGCCGUGAAGGGUUGGUUGAUACAGCAGUCAAAACGUCUCGUAGUGGAUAUCUUCAAAGGUGUCUUAUAAAGAAUCUUGAGAGUUUGAAAGUUUCUUAUGAUUACACAGUCCGUGAUGCUGAUGGUUCCAUUGUUCAGUUUUAUUAUGGUGAAGAUGGCGUAGAUGUGCAUCAAACUAGCUUUCUUAACAAUGUUGAAGUGCUCAGAGCUAAUCAAGAAAUCGUAUACCAGAAGUUUAAUCAGCCACUUGAAUUUAAUUCAUACAUUCAAGAGUUACCGCAAGGCAUCAGAGAUAAAGUUCAAAGUUACAAACAGGAGAUUACGAAGGAUAAUCGAGAGGAUUUGUUGAUGCUAAUAAGACAAAAGUAUCUCUCGAGUCUUGCUCAGCCUGGAGAGCCGGUUGGUGUAAUAGCUGGUCAAUCUAUUGGUGAACCUUCUACCCAGAUGACGCUCAAUACUUUUCAUCUUGCGGGUCGUGGUGAGAUGAAUGUUACACUUGGUAUUCCUCGUUUGCAGGAAAUCUUAAUGACGGCAGCAGCCAGCAUAAAGACUCCCAUCAUAACAUGUCCAUUGCUAGAAGGGAAAUCAAUGAAAGAUGCAGAGAGACUUGUAGAGAAAGUGAAGAAGCUCACGGUUGCAGAACUUAUGCAGAGUAUAGAAGUAGCAAAAUUGCCACUUGAAAUUCACGACAAUAUGCCGUGCAGAAUGUAUAAGCUUAAGGUGAAGUUGAAACAACCUAAGCAUGUAUCAAUGCACAACUGUCAAGAAACUCUAAGGAAUGUUUUUCUAAGGGCACUAGAGGAUGCAAUUGAAAGACAUGUUGCUUUGGUAUCCAGAAUUAAUGGUAUCAGAAGUGUCAAGGACUCGAAAGCCGGUGAGGCUGUGGAAGAUGAUGUGUCUAUCAAUGACGUAGAGCAUGCUGAUGAUGGCAAUGAUGAUGAUAAUGAUGGUGAUGAUGAUAAUGACAAGGAUGAAACAGCUGAGGAUCUUGGUUCAGAGUUCAAUAAACGCAAACGUCAAAGCACGGAUUCUCUGGAAUACGAGGAUGGUUCUGAUGAGGAGGUCGAGAAAGAAGAGGAAGAGCCGUCGUCUGAUCUUGAGAAUGGAGGUGAUGAGGGGAAAGUUGGUACUGAAAAUGAAAGUGGCAAUGAAACGGAUGGAGAACAUCCAGCUGAGGAACAAGAAGGAGAUAUGGAUAAAGCAAACCCUAAGUCGGCUGAGAAGUUUCUGCAGAAAAAAUUUGAUCGGGCAACAUUUGUCGAAGUUAAAAACCUGAAUCUAGAAGUCCAUUUCAGGUUUACCAAUGAACCUGAUAUCUUGCUGGCGGAGGUUGCACAAAAGGCGGCAAAAAGGGUUUACAUUAAGGGCUCAGGAAAACUUGACCAAUGCCAACCGGUCAAAUACAGUGUUAAUGUAAAACAAGUGUGCUGGAAUCAAAACCACCCAGAGAUCAACAAAAUGAAAGAGAAAACAAAAAACUCAAAUGACAACAAGAAUGAAGGUGACGAGCAUUUACCAUGUGCAUUACAAGCCUCUGGAGUACAACUUCCUGCAUUUUGGGAUAUGGAAGAACUCGAUGUUAAUCACGUUUAUUCCAACAAUAUUUACACUAUGCUCAACACUUACGGAGUAGAAGCUGCAAGAACUUGCAUCAUUAUGGAAAUGAAAAAUGUUUUCGGGAGUUAUGGUGUUGAGAUUGAUUACAGGCAUAUGAGUCUUAUUGCGGAUCACAUGACUCAUACAGGUGGGUACCGACCCAUGAGUAGAUUUGGAAUAUCUGAAUCCACAUCACCUUUUCUUAAGAUGUCAUUUGAGACUGCAUCUAAGUUUAUAGUUGAAGCUGCUUCUCAUGGCCUGGUGGAUGACUUGGAGACACCUACAUCUAGGAUAUGUCUCGGUUUGCCUGUUAAAGUCGGUACCGGUUCCAUGGAGUUGAUGCAGAAAUUGAAUAUUUAGUUUUGCAGGUUGAUUUUUAAGUUGGCUAGUUUUUGUAAUUGAUGUCUAUGGUUUGUGCCAUUUUAUAGAACAAAAUACUAGAAAAAGAAAAAGAAAAUCGAUUCGGGUCUCAAUUUUGAAGUAGAAUAUUAGUUUUUCAAUACCAUGGUUUAAUGAUUGAUUAAUAUGGGCAGUUGUAACUUACGCUGAAAAAGUGUUCAUCCUUUUUGUUAUUUGAUAUCUUUUUGUAUUUA